CUUUGUUCCAAAUACAUAACCUCCGGGAUUUUUCUCUUAUCAACUAAAAGUUUAUAUUUAAUAGAUAUUUAGUUUUGUCUUGUCUUUUUUUCAACAUCUGAAUUAAAGUUUAGUAAAUAUGUCGCGGUAUACAGAGCUUAUGAAACUUCAAACGAAGUAUUCAAUGAGAAUGAAUUAUCUCAAAAACAAAAUAUUUGGUGAAGUUACAAGACCAACUAAUUCUAAAUCAAUGAAGGUUGUGAAAUUAAUGAGUGAGCAACCAAUACAAAAAAAUCCUGAAAAAACUGAUGCUUACUACCCCAGGUAUGAGCAAUUGAAUGUAUUAAUGGACCAUUUGAGAAACUAUGGUCUAUUUCGUGAUGAACACAAAGAUUUCCAAGAGGAAAUGCGUAGGCUUCGUGCGCUCAGAGGCAAAAGAAUAUGGGGGACAGAAAAGAAGACGAAGAAGAAAGAAUGAAUUUAGUUAAAUAUUACUUAAAAUUGUAUAUAUUUUUUAGAUAUGACUGUUAUAUUGAAAAAAUAAGUUAAAUAUUCAUAUAUGCAUAUUUAUAUUAAAUAUGAUUAAAAAUAAUCUAACAAAG